CUACACUUGCUCUUUUACUCACUCCUCACUCUUGCGAUUGUUCUCUCCUGUAGAGAGAGAUAGAAACUGAGUUUAACGAAAAUGAGGCAUCAAAAAGCUACAAUCUUCGUUUGUCUGAUAUGCAUUGUUAUCGCCGGGGUCGGAGGUCAAUCUCCGGCUAAUCCUCCGACGGCCACUCCGGCUCCUCCUACACCAACUACUCCUUCUCCCCCUACUAGCACCCCUGCUCCUCCAACUACCACUCCUCCCCCGGCUUCAGCUCCUCCUCCAGUAACCCAAUCUCCACCUCCCGCUACUCCUCCUCCUGUUUCAACACCACCACCGGCUACUCCCCCUCCUGUCAGCUCUCCACCCCCUGCAUCUCCUCCACCCGCAACUCCACCUCCAGCCACUCCUCCACCAGCAUCUCCUCCUCCCGCUACUCCACCUCCGGCUUCUCCUCCACCUGCAACUCCACCACCAGCAUCUCCUCCUCCCGCAACUCCGCCACCUGCAUCUCCUCCUCCUGCUACUCCACCACCAGCAACUCCUCCUCCAGCUGCUCCACCUGCUCUGGUUCCAGCUCCUGCUCCAAGCAAGAAGAAGUUGAAGGCUCCAGCUCCAUCUCCCUUGGCGCCAAGUCCACCAGCGCCACCCACGGAGGCACCCACGCCCAGUUUGGGUUCAAUCUCUCCAGCACCAGCAGGCACAGAUGUGAGUGGAGUAGAAAAGCUGAUUUCAAUGCAGAAGAUUGUUGGGAGCUUGAUGUUUGGAUGGACAAUUUUCUGCUGGCUACUUUAGACAUGAUUCUCAGAUCUCUCAGCUUUGUUAUUAUUAUUAUUAUUUUUUGAAUUUAUGUUGUUACAUUUUGGCUAUAUAUUAUAUAUAGUAGUGGCUGCCAUUUUAGCCUUCGCUCGGUGAUGAGACGUUUAUUAUCUGUAUUUGAUUUUGAGCUUAUACAUACAUUCGGUUGAAUUCUUUGGGAGAUUUUGGGGACAGCUUUUGUAUUGAUGGGGAGAGGACUUGUUUUGUAUUUUGGAUUGCUGUUGGUAAGCUACCUCUUGAUCUCAUUUAUUAUAUUUCUUUUACUA